CAGGCAGCCAUAUAACCAACUCAUUUUCUUUUAAUUCUAGUCUAAGAAUGCAAAAUUGCUCAAGUCUUUCGACCGUGGAAAGCGGGUACCUUGAUAGCGAGAAGUUCGACGACGAUGGCAGGGUAAAACGGACGGGGACUUGGAAGAGUGCAACCGCACAUAUAAUAACUGCGGUGAUUGGGUCAGGAGUGUUGUCAUUAGCAUGGUGUUUUGCUCAACUAGGGUGGAUCGCUGGGACAAUCACCCUCGUCUUGUUUUCGGUCAUCACUAUGUUUAACUCGCUCUUGUUGUCGGAUUGCUACCGAUCACCAGAUCCUGUCAUCGGAACCAGAAACUAUACUUAUAUGGAUGCCGUUAAAUCUAAUCUUGGAACACUUCAAUACAAGCUUUGUGGCAUAGCUCAAUACGGCGUUCUAACCGGAAUAGCCAUCGGAUACACAAUCACCACCUCGAUCAGUAUGGCCGCGAUCAAGAGAUCCAACUGUUUCCAUAAACGCGGCCAUAAAGCAGAUUGCCAUGUGCACAACAACUCGUUUAUGCUCAUUUUCGCCAUCAUUCAGAUCAUCCUAAGCCAAGUCCCCAACUUCCAUAAACUGUCGCCACUCUCAAUCGUUGCUGCUGUCAUGUCAUUCAUGUAUUCGUUGAUUGGCAUCGGGCUUUCAAUCGCUAAAAUCAUUGGUGAAGGAAUUGGGAAGACGACUCUAACGGGGAUACCGAUCACGAAGGACUUUACAAGCAUGGAGAAAAUGUGGAAAACAUUCUCUGCUCUAGGAGAUGUUGCUUUCGCCUAUUCGUUUUGUUUCAUCCUUAUUGAAAUUCAGGAUACAUUAAAAUCGAGUCCGCCUGAGAACAAACAAAUGAAGAAGGCUACAGCCAUUGGGAUCAUGGCAUCGACUGUGUUUUAUUUGUUGUGUGGGGUGCUGGGAUAUGCCGCUUUUGGAAACGAAGCACCGGGAAAUUUCUUGACCGGAUUUGGGUUUUAUGACCCGUUUUGGCUUGUUGAUCUCGCUAAUAUAUGCAUCGUUGUUCAUCUUCUUGGUGCUUAUCAGGUAUUAGCCCAACCAAUUUUUGGGUUUGUAGAGAGCUGGAGCAAAGAGAAAUGGCCACAAAACAAACUCAUCUCAAAAGAGUUCUCGUUGUGGGGUAUCGAUAUCAAUAUGUUGAGAUUUGUUUGGAGAACAAGUUAUGUGAUCGUGAUGACGAUAAUAGCUAUGAUAUUCCCAUUCUUUAACGACUUUGUGGGAUUACUUGGCGCGGGCACCUUCUGGCCGUUAUCGGUUUAUUUCCCGAUAGAGAUGUAUAUUUCACAAGCGAAGAUCCGUAAGUACUCCUUCACUUGGAUUUGGAUGCAAAUACUGAGUCUAGCAUGCUUAAGUGUGUCACUUGUAGCUGCGGUUGGGUCAACCCGUGGGCUCGUCACUUCAGUCCAGUCGUUCAAACCCUUUCAAUCUGUGUCCUAACUGACCCAACUGUGUUCGGGUUUUGUUUAAAUAUUCUAAUGGAACUCAACUAGCAAGCUGACUUUUAUCAAAAGUUACUAGAGGUGACUAAUUUCAUUGUGCAAGUAGGAAUCGGUAUUUAUAAGUGUAUGAAUGAAAUGCAUAAAUAUCUGC